AUGGCUCCGCGAAGGAGGUCUCCGUCGCCCUCGGAGAACGAAGCCGACAUUGGCCGGUCGCUCUUCACAAAUCACGACCGGCAUGCAGAUAUCUCUGACGACGAAGGGGGCAGUUCAGCGGGCGAAACUAAUACACCUCUAGCGUACAAUGACUUGAAUGUCAUGGCCGAUGACUCAGGCGAGGAUGAUGAGGUCUUUAUCGCGAAGCAGCUGGCUGCGUCGAACCGCAAAGCCGGCAACCUCAAGGGCCGCACCGUGAAGAAAGGUGGAGGCUUCCAGGCUAUGGGGUUGAAUGCGAACCUACUCAAAUCGAUCACGAGGAAAGGCUUCUCGGUACCGACACCUAUUCAGCGCAAGACGAUUCCGCUGCUACUCAGCGACAAAGAUGUUGUGGGUAUGGCGCGAACUGGCUCUGGCAAGACUGCUGCUUUUGUGAUACCCAUGAUCGAGAAGCUGAAGGCGCAUAGCCCAAAGGUUGGCUCCAGAGCACUUAUCAUGUCGCCGUCCCGAGAGCUUGCCCUGCAGACGCUGCAAGUAGUAAAAGAGCUAGGAAGGGGAACAGACUUGCGCUCCAUUCUAUUGGUGGGCGGUGACAGCUUGGAGGAACAAUUCUCUGCAAUGGCGUCUAAUCCGGACAUCAUCAUCGCUACACCAGGACGCUUCCUACAUUUGAAGGUGGAGAUGAGUCUAGACCUAUACAGCAUUCAGUAUGUGGUCUUUGAUGAGGCAGAUCGACUGUUCGAGAUGGGUUUCGCCGCACAGCUUACCGAGAUCUUGCAUGCGCUGCCCUCCUCAAGGCAGACCCUCCUGUUCUCUGCGACACUGCCUAAAUCCCUGGUCGAGUUCGCCCGAGCUGGUCUACAAGAACCGAGUCUGGUCCGCUUGGAUGCCGAUAGCAAGGUAUCGCCUGAUCUUCAGAGCGCUUUCUUCACUGUCAAGUCGUCAGAAAAGGAAGGUGCGCUGUUGCACCUCCUCCAGGACGUGAUCCAGGUUCCCACAGGGUCGCAACUUACUUCCACCGUCACACCCGCGGACAGCAGGAAGUCCUCCAAAAAGAGGAAGCGACAAGAGAUUGACGGUAAACGACAUGAAGUUUCGAAUCCACACUCUACCAUCGUGUUUGCCGCUACUAAACACCAUGUCGAAUAUCUUGCGCAUCUUCUGAUGGCAGCAGGUUACGCUGUGUCUUAUGUGUACGGCGCACUUGACCAAACAGCCCGGAAAGAGCAGGUUCAGUCUUUCCGAGAUGGACAAGCAAAUAUCCUGGUCGUCACGGAUGUCGCAGCUCGAGGAAUUGAUAUUCCUAUCCUUGCGAACGUCAUCAAUUAUGACUUCCCUUCACAGCCAAAAAUCUACGUUCACCGUGUUGGGCGUACUGCGCGCGCUGGUCAGAAAGGUUGGAGUUAUAGUCUUGUACGCGAUGCAGAUGCACCGUAUUUACUGGAUCUGCAGCUUUUCUUGGGGAGGCAACUUGUCGUUGGUAGAAGUACCAAAACAAAUUUUAGUUUGGCCACGGACGUCGUUGUCGGCGCACAGCGUCGUGACGGCCUUCAGACUCAGACCGAGUGGGUCAUCAGGACACUCGCGUCAGAUGCCGAUCUUGCUGGUCUUCGGUCGGUAGCAACCAAGGGCGAAAAGCUUUACCAACGGACUCGGAACUCUGCAUCAUCAGAGAGCGCGAAGCGGGCGAAGACGCUUGUCGGGUCGGAUGCUUGGACGGAGCUGCAUGCAAUGUUCGAACAAGAUGAGAAUGGAAUGGAAGAUGCACGACAAGCUAUGCUCGCUCGCUUAGGCGGCUUCCGCCCUCCGGAGUCCAUCUUCGAGAUCGGCGCCCGUAGAGCGGGUCGCAGGAACAACGACGAUGCGAUAGAGGCGAUCCGCAGCAUUCGCAGUGGCUUGGAACGUAAGAGGCAGAAGUCGCUGGCGGCAGCUGUUGCAAGUCAGUCUUCUGAGCAUGUUGCAGAAGACGAUCGCGUAGCAAAUGGAACCCAUGGAUCCGAGGAAGAGGAACUUGGAGGACUGGAUGACAUGUCAACCGCGUCAGAUUCAGAGUUGGAGGUGACCUUUUCAGGCGGUCCCCAACCCAAUGGCAAGUCUGCUGCCAGCAAAGACGCUGGUGUAGACUCUUUCAAGAACAGUGAGUAUUUCAUGGGCUAUGCUCCUGAGGGGCAAGAUAUGGAUGAGGAGCGCGCAUAUGGUGUGCAUUCAGGCUCCAACUCGAACUUCGUUGAAGCAGCUCGUGGGGCCACCAUGGAUAUUGCGGGCGAUGAGGGAUCGAAGGGGUUCGGCGAAGCGCGUGGAGUCAUGCGAUGGGACAAACGCCACAAGAAAUACGUCGCCCGCGACAACGAUGAUGAUGGAUCCAAAGGGAAGAAGCUCGUACGCGGAGAAUCCGGCGCCAAGAUCGCUGCGAGCUUCCGCAGUGGUCGCUACGAUGCAUGGAAGAAGGCAAAUCGCAUCACUCGAGCACCUCGCGUGGGCGAGAACGAGGCAACAGCUCCCUCACAUGGUGGCUUGACGAGUGGUAAAAGGUUCAAGCAUUCCAAGACACAAGCACCCAAGGCAGCGGACAAAUUCCGAGAUGACUAUGAGAAGCAGAAGAAGAAGUUCUCGGUGGCUAAGGAGCGCGAGAUCGCGGAUCGUGGCAACAAGCGUGAGGUACACUCCGUCGAUGACAUCCGCAAGGCCAGGAACCUCAAGCAGAAGAGACAAGAGAAGAACGCUCGACCAAGCCGGAAGGGAAGGAAGUAG